UGGCCCUCCACCACUUUUUCACAACAACGAAUCAGUCGACAAUGAUCACAUCGCGACCAGUGGCCCCCAGACUGUUCUAACCCACCACCAGUCCUCUGCCUUUAUAUCACCUGAAGCUGCACGACAUGGAGACCGCGGCGCCAAAAAGCAAGCUGAAAAAGCUGAGUGAAGACAGCCUGACCAAACAACCGGAGGAAGUGUUCGAUGUUCUAGAGAAACUUGGAGAAGGUUCCUAUGGCAGCGUGUUCAAAGCCAUUCAUAAGGAGUCAGGCCAGGUCGUGGCCAUUAAGCAGGUUCCCGUGGAGUCUGAUCUGCAGGAGAUCAUCAAGGAGAUUUCCAUCAUGCAGCAGUGUGACAGUCCCUAUGUGGUGAAAUACUAUGGAAGCUACUUCAAGAACACAGACCUGUGGAUUGUCAUGGAGUACUGUGGAGCUGGCUCUGUCUCUGACAUCAUCAGACUGCGCAACAAGACGCUGACAGAGGAGGAGAUUGCCACCAUCCUGAAGUCCACUCUGAAGGGUCUUGAAUAUCUCCACUUCAUGAGAAAGAUCCACCGGGACAUCAAGGCAGGAAACAUCCUUCUUAACACGGAGGGACAUGCCAAACUGGCAGAUUUUGGAGUAGCUGGACAGCUAACGGACACCAUGGCAAAGAGAAACACUGUGAUUGGUACUCCGUUCUGGAUGGCACCAGAGGUGAUCCAGGAAAUUGGCUACAACUGUGUGGCUGACAUAUGGUCCCUGGGUAUCACUUCUAUAGAGAUGGCAGAAGGAAAACCUCCCUAUGCCGACAUCCAUCCCAUGAGAGCCAUCUUCAUGAUCCCCACCAACCCUCCUCCAACAUUCAGAAAGCCUGAGCUUUGGUCAGACGAGUUCACAGACUUUGUCAAGAAGUGUCUGGUCAAGAAUCCAGAGCAGAGAGCGACUGCAACCCAGCUCCUACAGCACCAGUUCAUCAACCAGGCCAAGCCAGUGUCAAUUUUGAGAGAACUGAUAACUGAAUCCAUGGAGAUGAAAGCCAAACGGCAGCAAGAGCAGCAGAGAGAGCUGGAGGAGGAAGAUGACAACUCUGAGGAGGAGACUGAGGUGGACUCUCACACUAUGGUGAAGUCGGGCACAGAAGGUGCAGGGACCAUGCGGGCCACCAGCACCAUGAGUGACGGAGCACAGACCAUGAUCGAACACAGCAGCACCAUGCUGGAGUCAGACCUGGGCACUAUGGUCAUCAACAGCGAUGAUGAAGAUGAGGAGGAAGACCAGGGAUCCAUGAGGAGGCACCCCACCUCCCAGCAGCCCAUGCGUCCAUCCUUCAUGGACUACUUUGACAAGCAGGACUCCAACAAGGCAGCCCAGCAGCAGGAGAACUACAACCACAACCAGCCGCAGGAGCAGCCUGGCUACCACAUUCAGUCCAAAAACGUCUUCCCUGACAACUGGAAGGUGCCUCAGGAUGGAGACUUUGACUUUUUAAAGAACCUGGACUUCGAGGAGCUCCAGAUGCGUCUGGGUGCCUUGGACCCCAUGAUGGAGCGGGAGAUUGAGGAGCUCAGACAGCGCUACACGGCCAAGAGGCAGCCCAUCCUCGAUGCAAUGGAUGCAAAGAAGAGACGGCAACAGAACUUCUAAGUGGUCCUCCCUGUCACCUUCACACCCUGGUCUGGGACUCUCAAAGCCACAAAAAACACAAAAAGUACGUCCUAAUGACUUGAAGGAACCAAGAUGACCCCACUGUCUUUAUUUCAAGUCGACUGCAGUUCUGACAUAGUGGCCUAUGACUGAAGAGAGAUGCUUCUUCUUUCAUUCUGGCUCCUGGAAUCCACACUAACAAGCCUUGUUUCUACACUGUGUCCAGAUGCUGUUCCUUUGAUGAAAUCUUAAUUUAGUUUCUGCAGUUCUUUAAAGCUGGAUCUCCUCAAUUGAGGCUCAAGUCUGCGGCCAAAGAGAAAAUCAAGUCCGGAGAUCACACAUCAGGAUGUGAAAAUUAUUGAUUUCCCCUCCUCCAAACAAAUUUCCCUUUCACGUCACAUAGAAAACUGUUUUAGGGAGUCACUAUUAAAACAUACGGACGGACAUCUACCAUGACAACCAGGCCAGCACUACACCAAGCCUCAGGUUCAGGUGUGGACAACAACAAGUGGUCCCUCAGACUUUCGAACUGUAAAUAAAACAUAGAGCCUACUUUGGAAAUACCUGCAACAAAAAGCUGUGGAGGUUCAUCCAUGACCAAAGACAAUCAAGGUGACGCUAAAGUUGAGAAUGCCUUAAAAACAUAUUUGAAACCUGGUUUUCAAAAUAAGCAAUGUAGUGAAACAACCAAGGCGUCGGGUGAUUGAAUACGUCCUCUCUUGAAGACGAGUUGGACUCUGCCAAUGUUUGUCAGAAUGGACAAAGAUGACAAAUCGUUAGGUGAAGAGUAUAUUGUGUGUUUUUAGUUGUUUUGUGGACCAGAAAAUUCUAAACUUAUGUCAGUAUAGUCUUUUAUUAUCAUUAAUUUAAUUUUGUUGUUUUCCAAUUUGAUGUUCUGGGCUUCUUUAUCACAGCCAAUGUACUUUCAGUCUAUUCUGACAGAUACCAUGGAUCUUAGUGCCUCAAAACUCACACCGGCAUCCCUCCGGCACACAUUCACCCACUCUACAUGGAUUUUAAAUCUUACUUAACAUAUGUAUUAUUCCUUGUAAUGCAAAUCGUCACAGAAAGUCAGAAGAAUUAUAAUUCCUCUAGAAGCUUAAGCAUUCCUAACAACUAAUGACUGUUUUAAUUUCUGUGUUAAAUAACUUAUAUUGAGCCAGUAUCGUGACUUGUAAUUGGUUAAUUGACUGUGGUUCCCUUCCGGAGUUAAAAAAGAUUCAAGUUACUGAUUCUGUUUACUUAAUGAAAAAAAGAGCUGCUGCUACAGCCUCAAAUCUCCUGUCUGAGUUUCAGACUUUAGAUUAUUUUCUUUUGCAUCAAGAUAAUUUCAGCAAAUUUCCCUGCAGCUUAUCUGUAUUUAUGUUUCAGCAGUUAUGAAUUAGAUCUCCUGACAUAUCGAGUUUGUGGUGUCAUUAAAGUAAUGAAGAUAAGUUGCUACAAUUUGCAUUAACAGACAAAUAUUCAGCGUGUUGACCGACUGAUGUGAAAUUGCUAACAUACCAGCCUAUGAUACAUUUGUUCUCUUCAUGAAGGAAACAUGUUUUUGUGUCUGGUUUUGAUUUGACACACUAAUGCUAAUUAUGACGCCUUGAAUGUGGUCGUCUGCAGGUUGCUGUUACAUUUGAAUGUUGAUAAUACGAUACUGUUAUAAAUAGACCUGUUACACUGUCUUACUGCGUCUUAUAUGAUGGACAAUGGGCGGGAAUGUCAAACUUGUGAAUCCAAAUUUCGAUCACCACUAUCUAUUAAUGAUCACGUUUGUACUUUAUAGUUUUUCUGCUUUAACAUGAACCUCUUCACAAUAAUCAUUACUAUUAUUGCCACUGCUUCUCAUGAAUCUAGCCCGCAGCACAUUAGCAACACAAGCAUUCACUCUAUUUAUUUUACGUUUUAACCUCUUUAUUUUCAUGACACUGGUUUAAAUAUAGAAGCUGAUUUGGCUGUUAAAUAUUUCGAUCCUCUGUCAGAUAUAUUGUGUGUUAGACUAUGCAUGUUCAUAAUUAUCUUUGCUCUGUAGUGAAAUGCUUUUUUUUAACUGCACAGGUAAGAGUAUUGUUUAUAUGGAAGAUUGAUUAUUUUCACAGCAUUUAACAAUUAUUGAAUAAAAACUGUUUGCUCUUUAAAAAACGAAAAGCCCCCUUUGAAAUCACUUCCUCUCUAUAUAGCAACACAAUUUUAUCUUCAUUUAUGAAUUGAGGUGUACGGUGGAAUGUAAGCAUUUAUGUUUGAACCACUUAAUUUAUUUUGUUUGUAAGACUUUAUAAUGUUUCGUAAAAGUGCAAGAAAUAAUAAAAGUUUCUUAUAGUUAA